GAAAAAGCUGUUUGUGUUUGAUCAAGAGGCACAACCGCUCCACAUCAUGAUCAUCAUGUAAAAGUUAGUAUCCCAAAUGCAAAAAUGAUACGUUGACCUCCGUCGGCAGUCUCGCUUCGUUCUCGUUGCAUCAAACAGCGACGGCCGCCCACUGCGCUCCCUUCUCGUUGCAUCAACAAACACCUCGCAUGCAGCAGGAGAGAGCAUCAUCAUGACGGUCCUCGCCUCUUUGCAAAAAAGGGUGUACACCCUCAUUGCUGAGAAAGCUAUCACAGAUCCAGUAUUGAGCGACCGGCUGGCGAAGUGUCUUGGAUUGCUCAUCAAGCGCCCGUCCGAUGAGACGCCAGAAUUAGACUUGCAAGCAUUAUGGAUUUGGGGUUUAGUUGAAUCAGUCAUCUCUGAAUAGAUAACCUUGGUCUUGACAUCAAUUGGCGUUAGCGUUCACCGGUGGGCGAAAAAAUAUUUUUUGAGGACUUGUUGAUCUUUAGAUGAUACUGGUCCUGAAGACGUCAACAUGUUUUCACUCUAACUCCCAUCCGCGCCCUCGGCUUCGAAGGCUUGCCGGAAGAGUGUCCUGAGCUCAGAUCGGCCUAUUGGAAGCUGACUCUGGGCUACCUUCCCCUAGAACUCGAAAAAUGGGAUUCGACGUUGAAGGAAAAGCGAGAGCAAUACAGGUCUCUGGUCGUGGAGCUUUGUAGCAAUCCGAAUCUGAAGAAAGACCUCUUCAAAACGCUACUGAUGAAUACUUGUGGUACUUCAUUACGUCGAUGUCGAACAAGAGUUGUGAUGUAUUUACUUUUAGUACUUAGUAGUAGUCCCAUCCUCUCAAGCUCAAGCUCAACAACACAAGAACAUAAAGAAUCUUCACGACAUAAUAAAUCAGACAGCACGACCAAUCUCUCACUCUCAUUCACAACUCUCAGUAAGCUCCACGACUUCGGAGACCGAAGCGCCUUCCAGCAAGGAGAAGGAUUCUUCUACCACCAGUCCCAGCGUAGAGAUCGACGAAAUAGACAUAGAGAUCUACGAUCAGAUCAACAAGGACGUGUUUAGGACGCGAAGAGAGCACAGUGAUUUUUUCGGACGAAAUUUCAGUGGAAACAAGGUGAAGACGGGAGCGGGGAAGGAGGUUGAUGGAAGUGGUGAUUAUGGCUAGGGUUUAAGAUUGAUGGAAGUGGUGAUUAUGGCUAGGGAUUAAGAUUGAUGGAAGUGGUGAUUAUGGCUAGGGAUUAAGAUUAAUAUCAGCCCUCUAUCUCCUAAUGCUGAUCAUUAAGGCUCGUCUGUCUGGUUUAUAGUGUUAUAGACAUAUUGUUUUCGUCUGUUUUCUCGUCACUAUUCGAUUUGGAUGAAGCUCCAAAUCCUCACUUUUAUCUGCAAGGUCUCCUGACAUUGACCUUCUGCAAGGUCUCCUGACAUGGACCUUUAUCUCCAUUUCUAACAUGAUCCCCUCUAAAGUGAUCCCCUCAGGAAUGGUAGCAAUCCAGCAGAGGCAGCUCCGAAGCACAGCAACGCGUCGAACGUCUGUGACAUCCUAUACCCGCAGAACGGCUUCGAUGCGAUGGGUAGAGUACUCUUUCUCUACGCCAAACUGAAUCCUGGGAUCCGGUACGUGCAAGGGAUGAACGAAAUACUUGCGGUGGUCUAUUUCCUCUUCGCCUCGUGUUGCCGCGUUGGUGCGGCGGCUUCGUUUAUGGCUUCGUUUAUGGCUGGUAGUAGUCGGUAUAUGUUUAGACUAUCCGGAAGUCGGUAUAUGUUUAGACUAUCCGGAAGUCGCUCUGGAAGAGGACUACUAGGAAGCCAGUCUGGAAGUCUAGUCGGAAGUCGCUCUGGAAGAGGACUACUAGGAAGCCAGUGGUCAUCUCUAGUACUUACUAUGUAUUAAAGCAAGAGAAACAAGACCACGACUAUUCUCACUUUCUAAUCGGGCUGCAUCCGACAGCACCGCUACUUCCUCAUGCGCAACAAGUAG